UAAGACACCCUGACUACGCCGUUAAUUUUCAAAGAUGAAGUUAGACGGACAGAAACUACAAACAUUCGGGCGCUUUUGAAAUGAAAGCACACGUAAAAAUAGAUAACCAAUCGGACGCUUGCGUGUCGUUAGCUGCAGAGUUUAGAAACAGGAAUUGUAAAGGGAGGGGUGGGGAAACUUUCCAAGGUUGCAAGAAAAAAAAAAUCGGCUACUUGGCAACAUAUCUUCGGUUCCCAAAAGCUGCAUCAAUGUGGAAUACGAGCUGCUCAGUACACCUCUCCGAGGACACACGCCGGUCCGCGCUCCUGAUUUACGUUCAGUUUAGUCAUGGAACAGCUAAACGAGGAUAAGGAGCCUGUGAUUGUCAGAGAAGACAAAAAGAGAAGAAGGGGGAAAAUGAAAGCUUUUGUAUCUUCUACUAACAUAAUUACAAUGGAUCAAAUAGUUGUGGAAUUUAUCCUCCCUUCUUAUGGAAAAUUUAGCAAAACUCAGGAAUCCAUAUUACUUGAUCUUACUGGAAACUGCACUGUUGAGCAAGUUAAAACACAGCUGUGGAUGAAAGCGAUUGAGAUCAGUGAAUGCCCUGAUUUCUAUCAAAAGAUCACUCCUGAUCAGUGUAUAUUACUCUAUCAGAAGAAAGGACAGUGGUAUGAAAUUUAUGACAAGCAUCAGGUGUUUCAAACUCUUGACUGCAUACGCUAUUGGAAAGCUUUAAAAAAAGAUGUGGGAAAAAUUCAGUUAGUCCACAGAACACAGCUUUCUGAAGAAUCUAGACAAUACCAAUCCUAUCUAAAUUAUCUGAUAGGCUAUGAUGUAACAGAUGUCAGCAAUGUGCAUGACGAUGAGCUUGAGUUUACUAGGCGGAAACUUCUGACCCCUCGAAUUGUUGAAUUAGCCAAUCGAGAUGCCAAACUGUACUCAAUGGAUCAUUUUAUAACUAAUAAGCCUAUGCCAGAAUUUCUUUUGAGUAAGAUCAGUAACAAUAACAUUUUAAUUGUCAUUCAUCGAGAGAGAGCAAGUCAGACGAUCAAAGUAGACCUUGAUGACACACCAAAACAAAUACUUGAAAAUUUUUUUACAAAAAUUGCUAAAAAGAGGGCACUGCUUGGCAUUUCAGAAGAAGACAGUGAAUCAGAUUUUAUUUUGAGAGUCUGCGGUCGAGAUGAAUACAUUUUUGGUGAUGUUCCAAUUAAAAACUUUCACUGGGUUAGACAGUGUUUGAAGAACAGUGAUGAAGUCCACCUUGUUUUGGAGUCACCCCCAGAUCCAGAUAAAGAUAUUGUCCAGAAGGAGGACUGGUCUCUAGUUGAUGACUGCACUGGUGUUGCAGGGUCACAUGAGCAGCUGACUAUAGAAGAAAAGGACCACGAGAAGCUCUUCACCAUUUCACUGUGGGACUGUAACAGGAAAUUUCGAGUCAAAAUACUUGCUAUUGAUAUUCCAGUUCUUCCUCGAAAUUCAGAGCUAAUAGUUUUUGUUGAAGCAAGUAUCUUUCAUGGGCAACAGUUGCUGGCACAACAAAGAACAUCCUCUAAGCCAUUUACUGAAGAGGUUUUGUGGAACAUUUGGCUAGAGUUUGAUAUUAAGAUCAAAGAUCUGCCAAAAGGAGCCCGGUUAAGCUUACAGGUAUUCUGUGGCAAAAUCCAAUCCCAGAUCUCAAAGAGUAACUUUCAGGACAGCAUUAAUUUUGAUUCCAAAUCUAAGAAUCGCCUUCUCUAUUAUGUCAAUCUUUUGUUGAUUGAUCAUCGGUCACUUCUGAGGCAAGGAGAGUAUAUCCUUCAUAUGUGGAAGAUGCCAGAGAAAAGUGAAGAUCACAGUAGUGUCAAUGCAGACAAACUCACUUCUGCAACCAACCCUGACAAAGAAUCAUCCAUGGCUAUAGUUAUAAUGCUAGACAAAUAUGCCUAUCCUGUUGUUCUCCCCAAAAGCCUUGAUUCAUCAGGAGCAGAAAGUGGAAGGUCAGCACGGGAUAUGCCUAACCACUUGCGCAAACAGUUUGAGGAUAUUGUCAAAACUGACCCUUUGUAUCCACUAAGCCCAGAAGAUAAGGAACUGCUUUGGCAUUUCAAGAAUGAAUGCAUGAAGUGCCCAAAAGCAUAUCCAAAAUUCCUUAAUUCAGUGCAGUGGGGUAAGCAAGCUGCAGUUUACACAACACAUUGCCUACUUGAAAAUGAGGACACAUGGGAUCGAAAUAAACUGGAUGUUGGAUUAGCAAUGCAACUGCUAGACUGCAACUUCUCAGAUGAAAAAGUCCGCACAAUGGCUGUAAGAAAACUUGAGAAUUUGGAAGACGAUGAUGUUCUCAGAUACCUUCUGCAGCUUGUACAGGCUGUAAAAUUUGAGCCUUACCAUGACAGCUCCCUUGCUCGAUUUCUUCUCAAGCGUGCCCUGAGAAGUAAAAGAAUAGGCCACUUUUUGUUCUGGUUUCUAAGAAGUGAAAUUGCUCAGUCCAUGCACUACCAACAGAGAUAUGCAGUAAUUCUGGAAGCCUAUUUGAGAGGAUGUGGAGAAGCUAUGCUUCAGGACUUCAAAAAACAAGUAGAAGUCACUAAAGCCUUACAGAAAGUGGCCAAGGAGAUUAAAACUGUGUCUGCAGAGAAGUAUGAUGUAUCUGCACAAGUUGUUUACCAACUGAGACAGAAACUUGAAAAACUGCAGUCAACUGGUUUUCCUGAUAACUUCAAAGUACCUUAUGACCCGGGUGUCAGAGCAGGUCAGCUUGUGAUUGAACAGUGUAAAGUAAUGGCAUCAAAGAAAAAACCAUUAUGGUUAGAAUUCAGACAUGCAGAUCCAACGACCAUCUCCAGUGACACCAUUGGAAUCAUAUUUAAGGAUGGUGAUGACCUUAGACAAGACAUGCUGAUUUUGCAGAUUCUUCUGAUUAUGGAAUCUAUUUGGGAAACAGAAUCCUUGGACCUGUCGCUCUUACCCUAUGGCUGCAUUUCUACUGGAAACAAAAUUGGAAUGAUAGAAAUUGUGAAAAAUGCCACAACUAUAGCCAACAUUCAGCAGAGCACAGUUGGGAACACUGGGGCUUUCAAAGAUGAAGUCCUGAAUCAGUGGUUGAGAGAUAAAUGCCUGACUGAAGAAAAGUUUCAGGUGGCUGUAGAAAGAUUUGUGCAUUCAUGUGCAGGCUAUUGUGUGGCUACAUAUGUCUUAGGAAUUGGAGACCGCCAUAAUGACAACAUUAUGAUUGCCGAAUCAGGAAAUUUGUUCCACAUUGAUUUUGGACACAUUCUUGGUAAUUAUAAAAGCUUCAUGGGAAUAAAUAAGGAAAGAGUUCCCUUUGUGUUGACCCCUGAUUUUCUAUAUGUGAUGGGAUCAUUUGGAAAGAAGACUAGCCCUCUGUUUCAGAAAUUUCAGGAGGUCUGUGUCAAAGCUUAUCUGGCACUGAGGCACCACACUAACCUUCUGAUCGUCCUCUUUUCAAUGAUGUUGAUGACUGGCAUGCCACAGCUGACCAGUAAAGAAGACAUUGAAUAUAUCCGUGAAGCUCUCACUGUAGGAAAAAAUGAAGAGGAUGCAGAGAAGCACUUUCUUGAUCAGAUUGAAAUUUGUCGAGACAAAGGGUGGACUGUGCAAUUCAACUGGUUUCUUCAUUUGGUCCUAGGCAUCAAGCAAGGGGUUGAAAAACGUUCAGCAUAGCUUAAAUGUAUACUAAGGCCUUUAUGAUAACCUAAUUGCAUGAACUGUGGCCAAAAGCGUUUUGGUUGUAUGUGAAGGUAAUAGUAGAAAAUUCCAUGCCAAAGCUUCAGGAUUAUCAAAACUGUACUAGAAUAUUUUUGUGCCUCCCUUAGUCCUCUUUCUCUGUACCACAAGCUGCAUAGACAUUCCUUCAUUAACAAUCCUAAAGAUUCAAUAGUUUCUGGUUGGUGGCCAUGAUCAUCUCUCUCGCCAUUAUGACAAAGCUGGGUAGAAGAAGAGUAACAAUAAAUUCAAAUGAAAAGCAAUAUUGAUAUUCCAUUCUGCACAGAUUGAUAAUGUGAAAAUAAUGUGAACAUUAGAAAAAUGGUUUGACACGAACAAGCUUUUCAACCUAGAAUAAAAUGCUAUAAUCUGGCAAUUGCUACAUAUCUAAUGUGUUGAAAAUAACAUGAAGUCCAGAUUUAAAGAUCACCAAGAUGAUAUUUUAAUCUGCAAUCUGACAUGUUCUAUAUAUCAAUAAUUCUUUCUACAAAGAAACAUUUUUAAUCUAUUUGUAAAAUGUAUUCUUAACUAACUCAAAUUGUUUUCUUACAGAAAAGAAAAAAACUGUUUUAAAGUAACAGCUGGAAUCUACACUGUACCUUAAUUUAUAACUUUAAAUAUCGAAACUAAUUCAUCUCUUAAUCUUUGUCUGCUUUAACCUAAAAGAUUCCUCUCUUUCUGUCUUCCUGGCAGCUCAUACCCUGUGGACAAGGAGUCAGUCUAGUAGCUGUCCUCUUGACUUUCUUUGGUAAUGUUAUGUUAUAUUAGCAUUAUGGAGGCCCAAACUGCAAGCAAUAUAGUAGUUGCUAUCUUACAAUUUCAUUAUACAUCUUAAGACUACCUGUAUACUGAUUUGCAUUGUAUGAAACCUACUAGUUAUUUCAGUGGUUCCGAUUUUUGGGGUAUAAUUACCCUACAUUUUUAAAAUAUGGUUUAAAUUAACCCAUAGCUUCUUAAUUUCCAUUACAUUUAGCAAGUUUGUUAUUUGGGGCUUUUUUGAUUUUUCUGAAUUUUUUCUAGCGUGAUACAAAAUGUUAAGUUAACUGAAUUUUGUGAGUUUGAAAAUGUUAUGUUAUUUCAUUAAGUCAAGACAAGAUGCCCUUCUUGUUUGCACUUUAUCAUAAGGCGUUAAAUACAAUUGUUAAGUUCA